UUUAAUAAAGAUUAAAGGAUGAAAUCUUGUGCAGAAACUCUAAAAACAGACUUCAUUUUUAUUACCUAGUCAUAUUUUUGUCAGAAAAAAUGUGUGGGUUUAAUUCAUAGGAAUUUUUCAUUCUUUAGAGCUUUUAUUAAGCUCUAAAAAACCCAAAAAAAGGGGUAAAAAAAAAAAGUAUUAGUAGUAUUUAGGACAUCAAAAAUGGCGGGUUUGCACUAGGCUGGUGAACCGGGCAUUUCUCUGCAACUUUGAUGGUGGUUCUUCCUUGACAAAAAGGUUUGAACUACACAUCAAGGAAAUUCUCGUUUCAUAGGUUCCACUCCUCAUAGAAAACAUGAAACGGGAAUCCAAAAGUGCCUCUUGCAAUGAUAAGCCUGGUCGUAGUAGAGGCAAAUUUGCCUCUCGUUUUUGUUUGUUCCCCAAAUCUAAAUCAGCAGCUAGCCGUCCAGGCUUUGCUCCUGUCUACCUAAAUGUUUAUGACCUCACACCUGUCAACGGCUACAUGUAUUGGGCAGGACUUGGUAUUUUCCACACUGGUCUCGAAGUCUAUGGUGCAGAAUAUGCAUUUGGUGCUCAUGACUUCCCCACAAGUGGCGUUUUUGAAGUUGAACCUCGGCAAUGUCCGGGCUUUAAGUUUAGGAGAGCAAUAUUCAUGGGAACAACAUCUUUAGAUCCUAGUGAAGUUAGAGAUUUCAUGGAGCAACAAUCACAAAAUUAUUAUGGUGAUACGUAUCACUUGAUUGCCAAGAAUUGCAACCAUUUCUGCGAUGAUAUCUGUCAAAAGCUAACAGGAAAAAGCAUCCCUAAGUGGGUUAAUCGACUUGCAAGAAUAGGUUCAGUCUGCAACUGCGUACUCCCGGAAAGUCUCAAAGCCUCAACUGUUCCGGAACCCCAUCUCGAAGUAUACGAAAACGAUAAAAAACACCUACGACCCUUCAGCUGCUUUUCAUCCUUCUCAAUGCCUCAGAAGGAGGAAUCAAUCUCAUCGUUGUUUCUACAUUCACACUACAUGGGAUGUUUACCACCUUGGGAGUCAAGAAAGACAAAGUCAGGGCUUCCCGAAGACGAUGACUGACAAGAAAAGAAACUCUUCCUUAUUUGCAACCAUUUGAGGGUUUAGAAGUGUUAGUGAAUAGAUGUAUCAUUUGUGUUCAUUGUGCAUAGAUCUUAGGGGAAGGGGUGAGUGUAAAUGUGCCUGUCUCGCCAUUUUGUUUCUGUUAAAGUAGUUGGGUUGCUUACAAAAGGACUUAAGUGUCCUUCAAAAGUGUGUUUCAGUGUUAGUGAUUUUAUUUUUGAUGCAGAAAUCAAGUUUCUUUUGUUUUUGCA